CCUCCCUGAUAUUCCGACUCUCCUCUCUAAAGUAGUAUGGCUCUCUCAGUCUCCACACCCACUUGCCAUUUCCGAAUCUUCUCUUCUCACCCCAACCGCCUAUUCCCACUCUCCCUCCCAACCCCCACACCCCUCAUCUCCUGCUGCGCCGCCGUCAAGAAGACCAAGCGCUCUCCUCCCUCCUCCUCCUCCCCCGCCGCGAACAGCAACAAAAGCAAGAAGAAGCGGAAGGGAAAAGGUAGUGGCUUUAGUGAGGUCGAAGUCGUGGACGGUGGUGAGGAUACCGGGUCGGCGGUGGGUUACCAUCCGACGCCGCUGCCGAAGCCGCCGGCGGGGUUUGUGGUGGAUGACCACGGCAGAGUGGUCAUGGCUUCGUCGAAGCGAAUCGCCUCUAUUAUUGAUCCUACCAAUAAUUUCCCAUUAGAGUGCGUGAUAAGGAGAGUGUUCAGAAGCUCACAAGGAGAUGAAUGUAUGCUGCUUUGCCCUGUUGACACGCCUGUUCAGAUAUUAAAGAGCACCAAUAUAGAUGGUUGGUCAGCGGUCACCGAUGAAGAGGUUGAAGCUAUCCUUCCCGCUGCUGCUUAUGCCCUCGCUAAGAUACAUAUGCAUCUUGUACAUAGCGGAUUCUGUUAUACAGCAAGAGGAGGGUUUUGUUACUCAGAAGAUGACAUUUUUGAUUUUCGCACAGAUGAUGGUGAAGAUGUAGAUGGCUUGCCAACUGAGGGUGUUGAGAUCACAUGUUUCCAUUUGGAUGGUGCACAUUACAUGAUUUAUACACCAUCAGACCCACUUCUCUUUGUUGUUGUAAAGGACAAUGAUGGUCUAUUGCAAAUUGCUGAUGAUGAUCUGUUGGAGGACCCUGCUAUCAUUAGCGUUAUAGAUGAGGAGACCGAGUUUAAUGCUUUGGUGGAGGAAGAAGCAGCUCUUCUUGAUUCAUUGCUAGGAAAAGAAUAGCAUGUGCUGCCGGUCAAGUAUCAACCGGGGUGUUUCUGUCCCGAAAAUUUGACAAUUUACUUUGAUGACCUAUUCUUGCUCUGUAAAUAAUUCUCUUUUGUAAUGCAUGUAUAAAAUCUUUUUUGUAGCUCAGGUUAGAGUAGCAUAAUUUUCCGUCAAUUUUGAAACAGAGCGAGGCCCUUUCACAAUAUUGACUCCUGCUCGUAUCAAUAUACAGGAGUGUUGAGUAACUGCCGGGCACAAAUCCGUCUA